CCGCUGCCCACCUUCCGCUGGGAGCAGAUCCGCUCGCACAACCUGCCGGGCGACAAGUGGCUGGUCAUCGAGCGUCGCGUCUACGACAUCAGCCGCUGGGCACAGCGGCACCCGGGGGGCAGCCGCCUCAUCGGCCACCACGGCGCGGAGGACGCCACGGAUGCCUUCCGUGCCUUCCACCAGGACCUCGAUUUUGUACGCAAGUUCCUGCAGCCCCUGCUGAUCGGAGAGCUGGCACCAGAGGAGCCCAGCCAGGAUGGACCCCAGAAUGCCCAGCUGAUCGAGGACUUCCGAGCCCUGCGCCGAGCAGCUGAGGAGAUGAAGCUGUUUGAGGCCAAGCCCACCUUCUUCGCCUUCCUGCUGGGCCACAUCCUGGCCAUGGAGGUGCUCUCCUGGCUCAUCGUCUACCUCCUGGGCCCCGGCUGGGUGCCCAGCACCCUCGCCGCCCUCAUCCUCGCUGUCUCCCAGGUGCAGUCCUGGUGUCUGCAGCACGACCUGGGCCACACCUCGGUCUUCCGGAAGUCCCGGUGGAACCACCUGGCCCAGCAGUUUGUGAUGGGGCAGCUGAAGGGCUUCUCUGCCCACUGGUGGAACUUCCGCCAUUUCCAGCAUCACGCCAAGCCCAACAUCUUCCACAAAGACCCAGAUGUGACCGUGGCUCCCAUCUUCCUCCUGGGAGAAUCAUCCAUUGAGUAUGGCAAGAAGAAGCGCAGAUACUUACCCUACAACCACCAGCACCUGUACUUCUUCCUGAUCGGCCCGCCGCUCCUCACCCUGGUGAACUUUGAGGUGGAAAAUCUGGCAUACAUGCUGGUGUGCCUGCAGUGGGCGGACUUGCUCUGGGCCGCCAGCUUCUACUUCCGCUUCUUCUUGUCCUACAUCCCCUUCUAUGGCGUUCCUGGGGCGGCGAUCCUCUAUGUGGUUGUCAGGGUCCUGGAGAGCCACUGGUUCGUGUGGAUCACGCAGAUGAACCACAUCCCCAAGGAGAUCGGCCAUGAGAAGCACCGCGACUGGACCAGCUCGCAGCUGGCAGCCACCUGCAACGUGGAGCCCUCGCUCUUCCUCGACUGGUUCAGCGGGCACCUCAACUUCCAGAUUGAGCACCACCUCUUCCCCACGAUGCCAAGACACAACUACCGCAGGGUAGCCCCGCUAGUCAAGGCUCUAUGCGCCAAGCACGGCCUCAGCUACGAGGUGAAGCCCUUACUCACCGCCCUGGUGGACAUCGUGGGGUCCCUGAAGAAGUCUGGCAACGUCUGGCUGGAAGCCUACCUCCACCAGUGAAGGCACACCCAGGGUCCCGCAACCACCAAGCCAGCCCAGGCAGGCUCAACGACACCCCCCACCCUCCUGCCUGGGGGGCCCUGCUACCCUCUUCAUCCUGCUGUCUUCUCCUCGGUCCCCUCGCCUGUCUGCUCGGCAGCCCUAAGGCCGCGGUUCUCGGUCCAACAGGACCAGGGCUGGGGG